AUGACACACAUGCUCAAUAGUCCGUGUACCAGGUGUUUUGUGCUGGAUAAAAAAGGCACAGCGAUAGCCACACAAAUCGUAGUCGCUGGUGUUAUUGGAUACACGGUCUCGACGGCGAGUGGGAGUCGAGGUCAGGAUUACAGCGGAAGUUACAGGACGACGGGGGGCUUCGUCGGUGUGAAAGAUUCGCAGGGUGACUACAGCGAGAAUCUGAGUUCUCAUCGGUACUCGGGGAUUGGUUCGGGGGGAGGAGGGGGCUCGGGGUACUCGUCGACGACGGGGAGUAGUUACGGCAGCGAUUCCGGUGGCUACGGUGACCCCGGGCUCGUCGGGAGUCACGUGAGCUACCAAGCUAGUGGAAAUUCGGGGGGCAGUCAGGCCCUGGGCUCGUCUUAUUCGUCGGAUCUCGGAAGCCAGGGCGGCAGCACUUCUGAGCUGGUUGGAGCGAGUUAUACGACCGGAGGCUCGUCUUCUGGGAGUCUGAGCGGUUACGCGUCGGCAGGAACGUCCGGAAGCGGUGUGAGCCAGCACGGGGCGUCGAGCUUGCCGGAGUACUCGGAUUCUUCCCUGGGAGGACACGGCUCCGGAGGAUUUUCGUUGGGAGGGGAACGCGGCGAGUACUCUUCCCCGGGAUCCUCGCGGCCGGGCAACUCGUACGUUUCGUAUGGGAUUUCCGGCCCGAAAGCGGCCGCUUACACCUCUUCCGGAGGGACUCAUCCAACUCAGGGGCAAAUCCAAGCCCAUGGAGCGGGCUCUUACUCGUCGAGCCCCGGAAUCAGCUUCUCUGGGGGCAACCACCGUCCGAUUUCUUCUCCACUAUCCUCUUCUUCCUCUUAUCCUUCGGAAAUGAACCAACAUCCCGGUAUUUCAUCGGGACCGGCCAACUACCCAUCGGCUCAAUCCCUGAAGAGCUUCCUCGCGAACAUGCACGGCCCGAGCAAUUAUAUUCCGCACGGACCUCACCGGGGCUCCCCGAACCAUCACAUCUUCACCUCCGGUUCUAACCACCUUCCGGCAUACACCUCUCGAGGACCCUCCCCUCCCGGAUAUUUCCCUGGCAGCAGCCCUUAUCCUCGAGGCAGCGGCGGACCCAGUGGAAAAAUCAUCUUCGUCAAAGAAUCCAGCGGCGGCGGCGGACACCACUCGCCUCAUAUGUUCGCCUCCGGCGACCAUCACAGCUUCCCCAACCUCAUGUUUGGCUCGUCCAACUCUGGAUACAAAAUGAGAAACCUCGCCGCAUCGGCCAGUAGCCACGGGCCACCGAGCUUCGCCGGCGGCUACUCUUCCCCGAAUAGUUACAGCAGUCCUUCUUCCGCUUCCUCCAAUUCCAACAGCAAUCUCGCUUCCUCUAUUUUCAGUUUUCUGUGA